AUGUUAAGUAAGGUUGUUCGUAAUAGCAGGGCAAAAAUCGCGCCUGGAUGGAUUCAAGCCCACCCUAUGACAAGGAGCAAGAAGGCACCAAGCAAGGCGAAGGGCAAUGAGACCAAGAAGACGGCAACUUCAAACACUGCAACACUAGCAAAGCCUCCACCCAAACAACCCGAAAAGGUAUAUGCCGGUGAUUCAAGUGUGAGCAGUGACGAGGACCUUGAACACAAGGAGAGAUGCCAAUUUGGUGUGAGCUGUGAUGAGGACCGUGAACACAAAGAGGAUGUCAAUUUGUGUUGA